AAGCAGCGCUGUCGCAUCAUGGUGACCGAGCGAGUUAUACAAUAUAGCCGUUCUCGUGCACCGCGCCUCGCCGCGCCACUCCGCCGCUAGUUACCGAGCGAGCCACCGCGUCGAGCUCCACAGAUACAAUAUUACUGAAAACAUGGCGUCCAUAUCGCUAGACAACCCCGUAGUACGGUCCUACUUGUUUUAUUCCGGCGUCUUAGGCCUCAAAGUGCUGGGCAUGUCACUGCUGACGGCCAGAGCGAGGUAUAGCAAGAAAGUAUUUGCGAAUCCCGAGGACGCUGUGGCAGCUCAAGGAAAAGUGAAGUUUGAUGACCCAGACGUGGAGAGGGUGAGGCGCGCGCACCUCAACGACUUGGAGAACAUUCCGGUGUUCUGGGCAGUGGGUGCGCUGUACGUGACGACGGGCCCAGCGGCGCCGCUGGCCACGACGCUGUUCCGCGCGUUCACGGCGGGCCGCGUGCUGCACACCUUCGUGUACGCCGUCAAGCCGCUGCCGCAGCCAGCGCGCGGCAUCGCCUUCGGAGUGCCCUUCCUCAUCACCAUCUACAUGGCAUUCAAAGUCGUCCAGCAUUAUGCCAGUGCGAUGUGAUUUGUGAAUAUACUGUUCACUAUAUUACUUUAUAAUUUUCAGUAUUGUUUACAAGGUUUUUGGAACCAAUUGUUUGUUAUCUUAUCGAAACGUUAGCAGGUAUCAGCCGAUGGAUUGAUUAGGUUCUUAGUUAGAGGAAAAACAUAAUAUCGACGAAAAAAGGUAUAUUAUGUAUAAAGUAUUUAGCACAGAUGACAUUAAACUUACAUUGAAUUAUAACUAA